AUGAAGGUGAUUGCUGCUUACAUGCUCGCUCAAUUGGGAGGGAAGGCCAACCCUUCUGCUGAUGAUCUGAAGAGGAUUAUCGGAUCAGUUGGAGCUGAGGUUGAUGGAGACAGAAUCGAGUUGUUCUUGUCCCGAGUCAGUGGGAAAAGUAUUGCUGAGCUAGUUGCGUCAGGGAGACAGAAGAUGGCAUCUGUGCCUUCCAGUGGUGACGCUAGUGCUGCAGCUUUAACUUCUGUUGCUGAGGAGACUAAGGAAGAGAAGGCUGAAGAAGAAGAAGAAGAGGACGAUGACUUUGAUGAACCUCUUCUCGAUCUCUUUGGCCCCGACAACUAA